AUGUCCACCACGGUCCCCCCAGCCUACGAGCCGCACAGCUCCCCGCCCUCCUACGACUUCCUCGUCGACAAAGUCUGCCAGCUGGUCGGGCCGGACCCAACCCGGCAGAAGUCCAUCGAUGCCGCCGCCACGCUCUCCGAUAGUGAGAAUAAGAUCCUCAAGGACGGCGGUGAUUUCAGCGACCCAAUAAAGAACGAACACGACAACAAAGUCUUCACCACGGGCGCAGCGAAAGGUCUGGCGUCACCCGAGUGUGCGGAGCACCUGCAGCCGUCGCAAAUCCGCACCAAAGAGCGGCAGAAAGCCUCGCUCGAGAACCAGAUCGAGCAGAUCCGGCUGGCGCGGCAGGAGCUCAUGGACGCGGGCGAUGACAAACUCGAGGCCUUCCGCGUGAACCUCAAUGUACUGCAGUCGGUCUGGACCAGUGUCGCGGCAGAUACGCGGAUUAUCUCCAGGUAUCUGGAUGACGCGCUGGACAAUACAGAUAUUCCGGAGUGGAUGCAGUGGGAACUGGAGAAUGCGAACUCGAUUUACAAGCAGAUGGCGGAGUACUUGACGAACUAUGCGAAUGAAACUCCGAGCUAG